AUGGACCCUGAGAAACAGCCCUUGCAGCCAGACACAGUAAUUUUGUUGCCGUCGCGGUCGCGAUCGCGGUCGCCGUCGCGGACGCCGCCAUUGCGAUAUUCGUCGCCGAGGCGGUCGUUGUCGAGGUCGCGAUCGCGAUCAUACUCGCCUAUUAGACCCCGUGUUGCUCCUGCCAUAUGCGGAUACCCUAUCCCUCCAGUCGUUCAACCUCCCUUUCUACCUCCGGGACCCAAUGCUAGCCGACAUGUCCUUCACCCUCCGAACCGGUCGUCUUCUCCGAGUUCGCCACUGCUGCUGGUCUUUUGCUAUAAGAGUGCGCGCAUUCUGGCCAAGGUCGAUAGGGAGUGUAGCUAUGAGGAUGUCUUGCGGUCCGCGCGCUCUGUCUUCCCGAAGCUACCUGCGAACGAUCGCAACAUCUUCCUCGAGACGGAUGUCCAGCUUUCAGAUGGCAUCGAGGACGGCAAGACCGUACGAGCGCGCAUCACGCCCGAGACGUGGUCGGAGGUCCGACCACACGGGUCGUCUCGCGCUGAGAUCGAGAUUCGUACGCGGAGCAGGUGGACUUCGUUUGUGGGAGCUUUCAAAGGGAGCACGUAG